AUGCCAAACCUCCGCGGCGGGCGAGGCCGCUCGAGUCUGGUCGCGGGCUCGGAGGCGUGGGAGGCGACGGUGGCGCCCCUCUUCGCCGCGGCGCUCGCCUCGGGCGAGUUCCGCGGCGCGUUCGCGCAGGUUGCCUUUGCCAUCCUCGAGCCGAAGGGGUCGGAUGCGGGCAAUGUGGCCGCCUUUGAGCGCGCGCAGACCAUCUUCCGCGGCGUGCGGCUCCUCGUGGCGACGCGGCUGCGCAAGCAGGUGCAGGAGGAGGUGGUGCGGCGCGGCGGCGGGGCGGUGGUGGGCGGAGUGCACGAGGCGAUCGCACGCUGCACUCGAGUCGACCCGCCGCCGUUGACCGAAGAUCUAGUCUUCCUGGCCACCCUGCCGAAGGACAAGUGGCCGCGGCUCGUCACGCAGGAGGGGGAGUGGGCCGGGCAGUGCUCCAAGAUCCUCUCUGCCGACGGGGCGAGGACGGACGUGCUGCGCAAGCACCACCACACCGACUCGCGUGGCGGCGCCUGA